CUCCAAUGGCUGGAAAGGGAUUCAUUAAAUUCCUUCUCUUCUUCUAUCGAUUCCUCCUCAAAAGAUUAAGGAGCCCACGUCCACACCACCGCAAGGGAAAUGCCCACACACCCACAUCACAAUUACAAAAAUACCCCUUUCUCAGUUCCAAAUGCAACCUAGACAAACUCUCAGACCAGACCUUGGUAUGUGACGUUGAAGGUGCAUUGCUCAAAUCCUCCUCACGUUUUCCAUACUUCAUGCUGGUGGCUUUUGAGGGAGGUGGGCUUUUGAGGGCUUUUGUGCUUUUACUUUUGUACCCUUUGGUGUGUUGUCUUAGUAGGGAAAUGGCACUUAAGGCCAUGGUCAUGGUGUCGUUUUUUGGGAUUAGAGAGGAGGGUUUUAGGGUGGGAAGGGCAGUUUUGGCAAAGUAUUUUUUGGAGGAUGUGAGUAUGGAGGUGUAUGAGGUGUUGAAGAGGGGUGGGAGGAGAGUGUGUGUGAGUGAGAUGCCUAGGGUUAUGGUGGAGGGGUUCUUGAAAGAGUAUAUAGGUGCGGAGGCUGUUUUGGGAAGGGAAUUGAAAGUGGUUUUUGGGUAUUAUGUGGGGUUGAUGGAGGAAAAGGAGAAGAUGGUUUUUGAGUUGGAAGAGGAGAAGAUGGUUGGUGGUGUUGUUGGGAUUGGAAACUUCAACAGCUGUUUCGAUCAGCACUUCUCUCUGUGCAUGGAAAUCUAUCUGGUGACUGAAGCUGACAAGAGGAACUGGCAUGUCCUACCAAGACACAAACACUCAAGGCCCUUGAUCUUCCAUGAUGGUAGAUUGGCUUUCAGGCCCACCCCACUUGCCACCCUGGCCAUGUUCAUGUGGGUCCCAUUUGGGUUCCUCCUAGCCAUCUUUAGAGCCCUUGUGGGCCUAUCACUGCCCUACAAAAUAGCCAUCCCCAUUCUAUCCAUGACUGGAAUGAGACUCAGACUCAAAUCACCCAUUUCAAGCCCAUACACACCCAACAAACAAAACCCAAAAGGCAUUCUUUAUGUGUGCAAUCACAGGACCCUUUUGGACCCUCUCUACCUUUCAACAGCCCUAAACAAGCCUCUAACUGCAGUCACCUACAGCCUAAGUAGACUAUCUGAGCUUUUGGCACCCAUAAAAACAGUUAGACUGACUAGAAAUAGAGAGGAAGAUAGGAAGAGAAUGGAGAAGCUUUUAAGGCAAGGUGACCUUGUGGUGUGCCCUGAGGGCACCACAUGUAGGGAACCCUUCUUGUUAAGGUUCAGCCCUUUGUUUGCAGAGGUGGGUGAUGAGAUAGUGCCUGUGGCUAUGGAUGCACAUGUUAGUAUGUUCUAUGGUACAACAGCUGGUGGGCUUAAGUGCCUGGACCCACUUUUCUUCCUCAUGAACCCUUUCCCUGGCUAUGAUGUUGAGGUUCUUGGGAAGGUGGACAAGGGACCCACAUGUGGUGGGGAUGGAAUUUCUAGGAUUGAUGUGGCUAAUUUUGUCCAAGGAGAGUUGGGUAAGGCACUGGGAUUUGAGUGCACUAGUCUUACAAGAAAGGACAAGUACCUGAUGUUGGCUGGAAAUGAAGGGAUUGUUCCUAGUUCAAGUGGGAAAGAAACUUGAGUUAUUUGUUACUCUGGCAGAGUGUUAUGAUUCAUACACGUGGGAAAUCUGAACUAGAUCCAAACCAUUCAAAUAUCCAGGUCUGUUACUGAUGGGGUGCCAAAAUAAAAAUAAAAAAUAAAAUCAAAUCAAAUGAUCCGAGCUAUCUGGUUGGCGGGUAUCAAAUGGAUGGUUAGAAUGAAAGCAUUUGACGGUUUGGAUUCAAGAAAAAUUGUCUGAUAAUUGGAAGGUAGGACUAUCUGAUCGGUCCAGCUUUUUUUUAUAUGACUAUUAAAAGUGGGGCCAAUGCCUCGACAGUUGGAUUUGAGUAGAUGUGUGCCACGUGCACAGUGGCUACGUGCAUGUGCAAGAAGCAUCGUCCUCUACCAGAGUAUCAUAGUUUUUCUAAAAACCUUUUUAUACUCUUGCCUAUUACAAUCCUUUAUUGUAGCACGUGGUUUGUAAUGUAUAUGUGUGUAUGUAUUUUGUUACUCUUUGAUUAGAACAGAAAGUAUCAACUCUUAAUUUUGGU